AUGCAUAUACUCGUGCUAGGAGCAACAGGCCCAUCUGGCAUUGCCUUUGUUGAAGAGGCUCUCAAAGCCGGCCAUGAGCUUACUAUAUACGCGCGGAACCCUUCCAAGCUACCAGAAGAUGUGCAGCAGAACUCGCAUGUCCAGGUGAUUAAAGGCACCUUUGAAGACAUGGAUACAGCGACCCAAGCCUUGCAUACUGGCGCCACAGCUUUGGUAUCGUUUGCAGGGCCUGGGAUGCCAGCGAAGGGAACGCCGGUAUCUGAAUUCUACGAGAGACUGUUCUCAAUCAUCAGGAACGACAACUCGACUAGUAUUCGUCGCUGCCUCAUCCUUGCGACCCCCUCUUUUGCAGUGCCGGAGGAUGGUUCGUCGUGGAAGUGGUGGUUUGUUGUACGGCUGGUGAAAACAUUCCUUGGAGAUGCAUAUGCAGAAGUUACGGGGAUUGGUAGAGUUGUGAGCGCCUUGCCGGUCGAUGAGAUUCAAUGGACAAUCUUUAGAGUGCCCGGUCUAACGAAUAAGGGAUAUCUCCCUGUCCAAGCAGCAAUGGUUGGUGAUGGUAAAGACGGUAUGCAGCUCAGUCGUAAGAGCAACGCCGUUUGGGUACUUCAAGAGUUGCAAGAAGGAAAGUGGAUUGGCAAAGCACCCGUGCUGUCGAAUCCUGGGUGGAUGUGA